AUGCCGUCAGCCAACCUCGCCGCAGUGUUCCAAGUGCUUGAGGGUCUUCAGGAGACCCCCGAGAUCGUCAAGGCUCGUGCUCGCCUGCAUGUGGCCGCCACGCAAGCCCAGCAGCUGCGCGAGGACAACUCGGCCUACUGCGCCCAGUCAAGUCAUCACUCGACACGAUCCCAUGGCGACGACGGAGAGGUCAACCAAGGCGACCUCCGCCUCCGAGUCAACCAGCAAGACCUGCGUCAGCGCAUCAACAACCGUCACCGCCAAUGCGAUGCCGCCGAGCGAGAGCGACGUGACCAGUAUGACGAGGAACACGACGACUCCGACAUCGACUACCUGAACCGCGGCCUGGCCCGCCACCUUCAACCUACCGGGAUCGAGAAGUACGAUGGCGAGUCGGACCCCAAGACAUGGCUGUGCACCUACUCCAUCGCUGUCCGAGCUGCGCGCGGCGACAAUGACAUCAUGGCCGCCUACUUCCCGGUCAUGAUGGGCCCCCAAGCUCUCAACUGGCUCGAGGCGCUUCUCACUGGUUCCAUCAAUAGCUGGCAGGAUCUCUGCAACGCCUUCAUCCAGUACUACCAGGCAUCUUGCCCGGGUCCCAAAAACAGAUGGGAUCUAGCCAGCGUUGUGCAACAACCGGACGAGUCCCUCCACGACUACAUCAAGAGGUAUUUUGCUAACCGUAAUACUAUUAUGGAAGCUGAUGACAGGGAUGUCAUCCACUACUUCAAUGAAGGCCUCCACAACAUCGAAUUGUGGAGGAAGAUGUUCCAGACCUACCCCAAGACCGUGGGCGACAAUAUAACGGUCGUCAACAAGCACGCCGACAUGGAGGAAGCCGAGCGGGCUCGCCACCGGCACAAGAACGACUACUCCGAGCAUCCCCCUCUGCGGGACAACCGCUCGAAAUGCCGCCGCCAUGAGCGACCACCCCACCACGGGAAGAAACACGACCGCGCCGAGUCGUCCAAGAACCGGCACCGCAAGCGUGGCCCCGAGAACACCAUCGCCAUCCCCAAAAAAUCCCAGUUCCGCUCCACCCUCAACCAAGCGGACCAGGAUCAGCUCCUGGAUGACAAGUGUCCUUGGCACAAGGACGCAAACCACACUGCCCGGGAGUGCCGAGCACUCUCCAACGGCGUCAUCAAGGACGAUGACCCCAACCGACCCCGCUGCGACGACCGCGACAGGCCGGGUGGUUCCAGAACCACCCGGGCGUGCCCACGAGGGCGCAACUCGCCCAGGCGAGAUGACGACGAGCAGAGGGAAGAUUCCCCAGGGAAUUUCCAGGAAGAAGACAGGGCCGUCAACUUCAUAUACGGCGGCCCAAGCAAGCCAUCAUGCCGGCGCAAGCUCAAGCUGGAUGACCGAGAAGUCAACCUGGUGUUCAAACACCCGGUUGAACCCCUCCGGUUGUCGGAGACGCUGAUCACCUUCGACCGCCGCGACCACUGGGUCCACCUGCCUAGGCCGGGAGGUUCUGCCACACCCCUCGUGGCCAGCCCAGUGGUAAGCCAGGUCCGCCUGGCCAAAGUACUCGUCGACGGUGGCAGCGCCCUAGACAUCAUCUUCGCCAGCACGCUGCAGAGCGAGGGCUAUGACAUGGCAUCCCUGGUCCCAUCCGACCAGGCCUUCUACGGCAUCAUCCUCGGAGCCGGGUUGACUCCGGUCGCCCGGGCCACCCUGCCGGUCACCUGCGACAACUACCGCACCGAGUACGUCAACUUCGAGGUCGCUGAGUUCGAGACCUCCUAUCACGCCAUCCUGGGAAGACCCUCCCUCGCCAAGUCCAUGGUGAUCCCCAACCACACGUAUCUUCUCUUGAAGAUGCCAGCUCCAAAGGGGGUCCUCUCGGUCUACGGAGACUUCCAGACUUCCUACGCAUGCGAAGCCAAGAACAUCGAACUCUCCGACACCCUGGAAUGA